GGUAGGAGCAGUCGCCACCACAACCUGCCACAGCUCAGCUCUUGGCGUACGUUCCUGUGGCAGUCACCGCUCGUUCCUCAUAUGGGUACUGUGUCGACCCCUGUCUUGGUGACCCUAGUGAGUGCCUCUGGUCGUUGGCGACCUCACCCCUGUGACGUCAGGUUAAGACGGAGGACUGAGAGAGAUAAUUAUGUUUAUCGACAAGUUGACAAUUUUUUGGGGCUAUUAGUCUAAGUGAUGGUAUACCAGAAAGUCGCCAGACCCAAGUACAUUACUACCACUUGAUCCAAACGACGCUGCUCUUCGAGUUGAGGUACGAUACUCUCCCACCAUUAACUUUCUCUGCAGUGGCCGUUAUCGGCAGCGAGGCACCAACCUCGACAGCAUAUAUAUAGCGAGGCAGCUUGACCUCACCAUCACUCCAGACGAAGCUGGGCUUAUUAUUACAUCUUGUAGGUGUGAAUUCUGUCAGUGCAGAUUAUUUUUUCGUAAGAAAAUUUAUUUUGUGCCAUAAUGGUGCCGUUCCAUAAAGUGUUGGGUCACCGCACCCGCCUCACCCUGCAGGCUACCAAACUCAUGGUGAAGCCCCAAACCUUCCCUCGCCCGGUCACUACCCCCUGGUACACUAAUAAUGGAGUCAAAGGCGCUUCACUUCGUGUCUCCCUCUUCGGCGCAAACCAGGCCCGUUCUCAUGGCCUGAUUGGCUUCAACAAGCUGAUGACCGGCAACCCCUCCCAGAUGAACCACAUACGUCACUACAACAACACCACGAAUUUGUUCAAACGACUGCACAUGGACAGUCGGUCCAUCUCCAGGGCAGGUGUUGGACGGGCAGCCUUCCAGCACCGGGACCAGCUCAAACACGCUCGCCGCAUCGUCGUCAAGCUGGGCUCGGCCGUCGUCACCCGACAGGAUGGCUGUGGCCUCGCUCUCGGCCGCUUGGCAUCCAUCGUCGAGCAGUGUGCCGAGCUGCAGAACGAGGGCCGCGAGCUGAUGAUGGUAACCUCCGGGGCCGUGGCCUUCGGGGCCCAGAAGAUGGCCCAGGAGUUGCUCAUGUCCCUCAGCAUGCGUGAAACGCUCUCCGGCAGGGAUAGUCUCAGAGGGGGGGAGGUGAGGAAUAUGUUGGCACCGCGAGCGUCAGCAGCCGUGGGUCAGUCUGGGCUCAUGUCGCUGUAUGAGGCCAUGUUCGCCCAGUACGGUGUGAGGGUGGCCCAGAUCCUCAUCACCAAACCUGACUUCUACAACAACGAGACUCGUCGGAACCUCACUUCCACCAUCAACGAGUUAAUCUCUCUUAACAUCCUGCCCAUUAUCAACACCAACGACGCCGUCACGCCACCUCCCCAGAUACAGGAUGAAAAAAUUAGCAAGAAGCUGGACAUCAGUGACAACGAUUCUCUCGCUGCUCGUUUGGCAUCCGAAGUGGAAACGGAUCUUCUUAUCCUCAUGACUGAUGUCGAUGGCAUCUACAACAAGCCGCCCAGCACUGAGGGAGCUCGCCUGAUUGACAGUUUCUCUCCUGAAAUGAUCAACACCUUAGAGUUUGGCGAGAAAUCAUUAGUUGGGACAGGUGGUAUGGAUUCUAAAGUUAAGGCUGCCAGCUGGGCACUUGAGCGAGGAACGUCCGUCGUCAUAUGCAAUGGGCUGGCACAGGGCGCAAUCAAGGGCAUUGUGCAUGGUCGUAAGAUCGGGACAUUCUUCACGACGAACAACGAAAACGGGCUGGAAGUGGAGGUGUUGACCAAGAAUGCAAGACAAGGCAGUCGUAUCCUCCAGAGUCUCCCCCCCAGUGAUCGUGCUGAUGCUAUUCUCACGUUAGCCGACCUUCUUGAGACUCGUCAGCCGGAUAUCUUAGUGGCUAACCAGAGGGACCUCGACGAAGCGUCCAAGACUGAACUCUCCUCCUCCCUCAUCUCACGUUUACGACUUACACCUUCAAAACUCAACAACUUGGCAAAUGGACUUCGGCAGAUUGCUGCUGAUUCUAAAGACAUCGUGGGUCGCACCCUCUCCAGGACCUUGAUCUCCCAGGGGAUAGAACUUCGACAGAUAACAGUACCCAUUGGAGUUCUUUUGGUUAUAUUUGAAUCUCGUCCAGACUGUCUACCACAGGUGGCUGCUCUAGCCAUAGCGACAGGAAACGGGUUACUACUGAAGGGCGGCAAAGAAGCUUGCUAUAGCAACCAAAUAUUGAUGGACCUGGUGAAGGAGGCACUGACCACGAUUGGUGCUCCUGGUGCAAUUUCCUUGGUUACAAAACGCGAUGAUAUUUCUGACCUGCUUCAGCUGGAGGGCGAUAUCGACUUGGUGAUUCCACGAGGGUCUUCUGCCUUGGUGCGCACCAUACAGGAGCAGUCCAAGUCCAUCCCCGUGCUGGGUCACGCUGAGGGUAUCUGUCACGUAUACGUCGACAAAGACGCUGACCUGGAGAAAGCUGUUAAGUUAGUACGUGAUUCUAAAUGUGAUUACCCGUCUGCUUGCAACGCCAUGGAGACAUUGUUGGUGCACGAGGAGGUAUUCCACAACACCAAUUACUUCGCCAAUGUGUGCAAAACGCUUCAGCGAGAAAAUGUCAAGAUCAACGCCGGACCCAAGCUCUCUAGUAUGCUCACCUUCGGCCCUCCUACAGCUACAUCCUUCAAGGUGGAGUUCAGCGACCUGGAAUGCAUCAUCGAAGUGGUGAAGGACAUGGGUGAGGCCAUCAAGCACAUCCACCGCUAUGGCUCCUCUCACACUGACGUCAUCGUUACCGAGAACCAACAAACUGCUGAUCAGUUCCUCAGUAGUGUGGACUCAGCGUGCGUGUUCCAAAACGUGUCCUCCAGGUUUGCUGAUGGAUACCGUCUGGGCCUCGGGGCUGAAGUUGGCAUCAGUACCGCCCGUAUUCACGCCCGUGGGCCCGUAGGCAUGGACGGCCUUCUCACCACCAAGUGGAUCCUCAAGGGAGACUGUGGUAUAGCGUCGGAGUUCACCGAAGGCAAACGAGAGUUCAUUCAUGAGAAACUAUCACCUAAUAGCGAAUCAGUCAUUGAAACGGCUUCUUCUGAGUAACAAUCAGAUCCAUCCAUGGUGAAGAGCUUGGCGUCACUUAAAACUGGAACAAAGAAAUAUUGUGUCCUCUUUACCAGACGUCUGUUCGGCCGUUAGCCCGUUGCAUCAAAAUUCAUAAAUAAAAUAGCUGAUCUAGAUGAUGAAGCUUUGAAUCAUUAUGAAAAAGAUAGCCAAAAAGAGUCUCAAGAUUAUGUAUUUGUUGAUAUUCCUACAAGUCUGUCCAGAAGUGAUAAUUAUAAGAGAUGAACUUCCCCUGAUCGACGCCGCCGCCGCCGCCGCCUCUAGCAAUAAUGACAGAACAGUUAUGACGCCAUUGUCAGUCACCUGGAAAAAGAGCAGAAGACGAAGUUAUGCUAGGCUGUUCUAGUGCCAAUUAAUGUCAACACGUCAUUGAUGGAGAAUUAUAACUCGCCUUCACCAGUGACACUCAGUAGUCUUUUACUCGUGUUUAUUAACUAGCUAUAAUUUAUUGGUGUAUGAAGAGCUAUUCUACUCCCUGGAAAAUGUCAGUGUGGCUAAAUUAUACGCUACUUCUAAGAAGAUAGUGACUGCUGUUGACAGUUGCUCUACGCGAGGGGCUUGUGCUUCAAAACAUAUUCUUACUUGCACUGUAUCCAUUAUGCUUGAAGCAAUAUUAUAUUUUACACACACACAUACACACACACACACACACACACAUAUAUAUAUAUAUAUAUAUAUAUAUAUAUAUAUAUAUAUAUAUAUAUAUAUAUAUAUAUAUAUAUAUAUAUAUAUAUAUAUAUAUAUAUAUAUACUGUAUAUAUAUAUGCCAUUUUUAUCAAAGCGAGAAAAAAUGAAAACUAGUAAAACAAUAUUUAGAAUGGUUUCUUAUUCAUCCAGGUAAUUAGUGUAAGUACAGUAAUUGAGAAAUAUCAUGGCAUCAUUUGAAAAUUAAUCUGCAUUUGCAGAACACGCUAUCUAUCCAUCUAUGCAGGGGCCGGAACCAAGAGGAACGAUACAUUUUCCUCCUUUCGUUGCCGCUUCUUCAGCCUUAAAACUGUAAAAGAUGUAUUUUGUUAUUGUAAUUCCAAACUACAUCAAGGCUCCAAAUCUAACUUAUCCUGGUCACUAUCACCAGACGCGUGCUUCCUUUAAUUCAGUCAACGCCUCGCACUGCUCAUUCACGCACGCUGCUAUAAGCCACCUUUUUCGUCACUUCUAGUGUCUCCUUAACCCCAUCCUUCCAUCUUCUAUCUUCCACCUUCCAUUCAUCUCUGACUUAUACCCUGCUUUAAGUCUUUUAUUUCGUUUUUUUUCCUUUUCACUCAUAGUUCCAUUGCUGAUACAUCACCUACCAGCUAUCUGAAACUUUUCACAUCCACCAUUCUAUAUGCAAUAAAACCUUUUAUUCUCCCCGUCA